ACAUCCAUCUCUCUCUCUCUCUCUCUCCACCUCUCAUUUCUCUUCCCUCUCUAAUCCUUUUUUUGUUUUUUUUUAAUUCUGUAUCUUAUAUCUCACAUUACUUCUACUUCUUCGCCGAUGGCGUUGACCGCCUCCCGGCCGUUCUCCCCGCCGCUUCUGUGUGGCGGGUCGGCGUACCGACGACGGAGCUGCCGUUGUGACUUUCGCGCCGUGGCGGCUUCCGAUACGUCCACCGGAGAGGAACCCGCGACGCGCGAGAGGCGGAAGCCACGCGUCGACACGCGGAUCCACUGGUCGAACCCCGACGAGGGGUGGAUCGGCGGCAAGAAGUCGAAAACUGAGGCUGAUGUGCAAGACAAGAAAGACGAGUAUGUUGGCGGGAAAUUUGCUGAUUUGAUCAGCAGAUCAACUGAAUCACACUACCAAUUUCUGGGAGUACUGCCGAAGGCAGAUACGGAGGAAAUCAAAGCUGCGUACCGAAGGCUGUCCAAGGAGUACCACCCGGACACGACGACGCUCCCCCUGAAGACAGCCUCCGAGAAGUUCAUCCGGCUGCGGGAGGCGUACAACGUGCUGAGCAACGACGGCAGCCGGCGAUUCUACGACUGGACCCUGGCCCAGGAGGCCGAGAGCCGGCGGAUGCAGCAGAUGAGGGCGAAGCUCGAGGACCCAUACAUGCAGGACCUGCGCAACUGGGAGUCGGUCCCCGACACCGUCGACCGGCUCGGGGGGAAGAACAUGAAGCUCAGCGACCAGGCGAUGACGGCGCUCACGAUCGAUGUCGCGAUCAUACUGUUCUCCAUCUGCUGCAUUAUUUAUGUGGUAGUGUUCGAAGAACCUUAUUAAAUGCUUGUGUACAAACCUCUUCAGUUUUAAAACAGGAAAUUUAAAAUAGAUAGUUCAAAGGAA